AUUAUACUUAAAAUGCCAUCUGUUUACAUUGUUAGUACUGCCAGAACCCCAAUUGGUUCAUUCCAAGGAGCUCUUUCCUCUUUGACUUACUCUGAUUUGGGUUCUCAUGCUGUUAAGUCAGCUUUAGAAAAAGUUCCACAAAUUAAACCAGAUCAAGUUGAAGAAAUUUACUUUGGUGGUGUUUUACAAGCCAAUUUGGGUCAAGCUCCUGCUAGACAAGUUGCUUUGAAAGCAGGCUUACCAGAAUCCAUUGUUGCUACUACUGUUAAUAAAGUUUGUGCCUCUGGUUUAAAAUCAAUCAUCUUAGGUGCUCAAACCAUUUUAACUGGUACUGCUGAUAUUGUUGUUGCUGGUGGUGCUGAAUCCAUGUCCAAUGUUCCUUACUACUUGCCAGCCGCUAGAUCUGGUGCUAGAUACGGGGAUUCUGCCAUGAUCGAUGGUGUUCAAAAAGAUGGGUUAUUAGAUGUUUAUGAACAAAAAUUAAUGGGUGUUGCCGCCGAAAAAUGUGCUAAAGAUCAUGGUAUCACAAGAGAAGACCAAGAUAAUUUCGCUAUAGAAUCUUACACCAAAGCAAACACUGCUUUAGAUUCUGGUAAAUUCGAUCAUGAAAUUAGUCCAAUCACUAUCAAGGGUUUCAGAGGUAAACCAGAUACUAUCGUUAAAGCUGAUGAAGAAAUUAAAAAAUUCGAUGAAUCAAGAGUUAAAAGUGCUAGAACCGUUUUCCAAAAAGAAAACGGUACUGUUACCGCUCCAAACGCUUCAAAAUUAAAUGAUGGUGGUGCUGCAGUUAUAUUAGUCUCCGAAUCAAAAUUAAAAGAAUUAGGUUUAAAACCUUUGGCUAAAAUUAAUGGUUGGGGUGAAGCCGCUAGAGCUCCAAUUGAUUUCACUAUCGCUCCUUCCUUAGCAAUUCCAAAAGCUUUGAAACACGCUAACUUGUCUUACGAUGAUGUUGAUUUCUAUGAAUUAAAUGAAGCUUUCUCAGUUGUUGGUUUAGCUAACACUAAAAUCUGUAACUUACCAAAGGAAAAAGUUAAUGCCUACGGUGGUGCUGUUGCCAUGGGUCAUCCUUUAGGUUGUUCUGGUGCUAGAAUCGUCGUCACCUUAUUGAAUAUCUUAUCCCAAGAAGGUGGUAAGAUCGGGGUUGCUGGUGUUUGUAACGGUGGUGGUGGUGCCUCCUCCAUUGUUAUCGAAAGAAUCGAAAGCGAUUCAAAAUUAUAAUCCCCUCUCUCCCCUAUUUAGAUAUACUUAUGUCUCUAGAUUUAUAUCCCUAAUCCAUUCAUCCCUUUGAUUAUUCGGUA